AUGCGGUGCACCGCAUUCUGUCUCGUUGCGGCCUGGGCGGCUGCAUCCGCUGCGGCCUCUGCCAACAUCGACGUGGCCGGCCAAAGCGAGUUCCACGGCGGCGUGCUCCUCCCGCGGCAGCAGGGCCGCGUGAACCUCCAGGCCUUCACGGGCGCCCUGGGCGGCGCCAAGGCCCCGGCCAUCACCAACUCAGGCGACCCGCAGCGGCCGUUCGAGGUCGACGGCGAUACCUUCACGGAUUUCGAGUCGGCGUCCAACCGCGCCUGUGACAACCAGAAGAACGUCUGCGCCGACAUCGCGAAUAACGGAACCGGCUCGUUCACGGUCGGGGAUUGCGACCAGCAGAACCAACAGUGUAAGAGUGCAGCGUCCUCGGCGGCCACCAAGACCUUCCCGCCGCCGGUGCUGGUGAGCUCGAAUGACCAGUUUGACAUUUUCUGCGACGCUUGA